AGAGUAAAGAAGCAUAUCUUUUUAGUUGUCUGGUUGAUCGAAAGAGAGGAAUGAGAAACUGUAAGGGAGGGAGAAAGAGGAAAAACAGUAGAGUUGUACUAUUAUCAAUACAUCAAAGAGAGCACCAGCAAAGCAGCAGAGAACAAGUAAUAUUUCUAGUCUGAUUACCGUUUGGCUUUAUAUGAGGGCUUUUAUGUGGCAUCGUCAGUAGGAUCAAGAUAAGGAAGCAAAGCGCAGCACACAGAUUGAAAAGUAAAACUAGAGGAAGGAGGGUGAAGAAAAACAAAAUAUUGUACUUGAACAGCAUGGAGCCAAACAGAAGUCAGUGCAUAACAUGAGGAAAGGAGAAAACUUGCAUCGAUUGGCAUUUGUGAACUAGAAGAAAGCAAGUCAUUUGGCACAUUAGUAAUGGAUAAUUAAUAAAAGGUGUAUACAAAAUAGAGAUCGGAUAAAUGAAAAGUGCUGUAUAGCACUGAAGAACUUUUGGAUGUUUUCAUUACUUUACCCCAUCCGAUAGAGAAAUGGAUUUGGAUUUUGUGUUUAAAAUGCAGCAAAGUUUACAUGCAAGCAAGAGAAACUUUGGGGACAGAGCAUUUCACAAGUUUGCUUGCUGCUUUGAGCUUCUUACCGUAUCUGCGUUUAAUUGCAUUUUGUACAGUCACAUUGUGGAGUUCACCUUUUGCACACACUGACAAUUUGCUUCUGGUUUGAUUGUAAUGGGAUGACGGGAGUGUUUCAUUCCUUACUAAUUAAUGUUUCUGUGUACAGAGGAGCAGGAUGUAAUUGUUAUCAGUCUUGCUAGGUAUGCCUGCCUUAAAUCGAAUUAAACAUUCAGCUAUCGAAACCAAGCAAUUAUUGAAGAAGUGGAUAAAAAGAAAUAAAAAAUAAUUUGUUCCUGUGGUUUGCAGAUACAAACAGUACCUAACAAAAGUGCAGAAGGAAAACAAGAAGAAACCAAAGACUUGAGCGGGAUUUAUAGGAAAGGGAAUGUAAUGCAUUUAAGUAGAUAGUUGAUAUAAGUUUUGAAUUAGAAUAAUCCUAACAAACAUUUUUCAGGGGGUGUUUGGUAUAGUAGCUGUGUUUAAUGAAGAAGACCAGAAGGUGACAAACAUCUGAGAUCAUGCCUUUUAUAGAGCCUGACUCCGUCAUAAGGUGGCUGGAUGGCAAACGUAAAAGAAAGAACAGUGAAUGUUCUCUGAAAACAAGUAUGUCAGUUCGUGGUUCUACGGAUUCAGACCAGUCCAGUCGAUCAAAGGAGCAAGUCGCUGGGUACAUCCCUAGCUACUUGGACAAAGAUGAACCAUGUGUUGUCUGCGGUGACAAGGCGACAGGUUACCACUAUCGUUGCAUUACCUGUGAGGGAUGUAAGGGAUUCUUCAGAAGAACAAUCCAGAAGAACCUCCAUCCUUCAUACUCGUGCAAAUAUGAUGGCUGCUGUAUCAUUGAUAAAAUCACCCGCAAUCAGUGCCAGUUAUGUCGAUUUAAGAAAUGCAUUUCAGUCGGCAUGGCCAUGGACUUGGUUCUGGAUGAUACCAAACGGGUAGCAAAGAGGAAGUUGAUAGAAGAGAAUCGGGAGAAACGACGCAAGGAGGAGAUGGUAAAGUCACUGCAACACCGUCCAGAGCCCAGUUCUGAUGAGUGGGAGCUAAUCCGAAUCGUUACUGAGGCACACCAGAGCACCAAUGCUCAAGGGCAUCAGUGGAAACAAAAACGAAAAUUUCUGCCAGAUGAUAUUGGCCAGUCACCGAUAUCCUCCAUGUCUGAUGGAGAUAAAGUUGACCUGGAAGCUUUCAGCGAGUUUACAAAAAUUAUUACCCCAGCUAUCACCCGUGUGGUAGACUUUGCCAAAAAAUUACCAAUGUUUUCUGAGCUGCCUUGUGAAGAUCAGAUAAUCCUGCUGAAAGGCUGCUGUAUGGAAAUCAUGUCGCUCAGAGCUGCUGUUCGCUAUGAUCCUGAGAGCGAGACAUUAACACUAAGUGGGGAGAUGGCAGUGAAGAGGGAACAGCUGAAAAAUGGUGGAUUAGGGGUGGUCUCAGAUGCCAUUUUUGACCUGGGGAGGUCCCUUGCUACCUUUAAUCUGGAUGACACGGAAGUGGGCCUCCUCCAGUCUAUCUUGUUAAUGUCGUCAGAUCGAACAGGACUGACUUGUGUUGACAAGAUAGAGAAAUGCCAAGAGACUUACCUCCUUGCAUUUGAACACUACGUAAACUAUCGCAAACACAACAUUCCCCACUUCUGGCCCAAGCUUCUCAUGAAAGUGACUGACUUGCGGAUGAUUGGAGCAUGCCAUGCUAGCCGUUUCCUUCAUAUGAAGGUUGAAUGUCCGUCUGAACUUUUCCCUCCACUGUUUCUGGAAGUUUUCGAAGAUCAAGAUGUUUAGGCCAGAUGUGAGACAGUACAUGGUUUGAAAAACAAAGGAAAAAAUACAGUGGAAAAAAAACAGACAGCUUCAAGUCUUUUUGUCAUUUCUGUAUUUUUUUUAAUCUUUGCACCAAGGCCAUCAGCACUGCGCGAGGAAUUUCAAUGGCGUGGACCUGUUUAGAAGAUGAAUUUAAACAAAGGAAAAUAAAAAGCACUAAAUGUGUAGCAGUUGCCAUUUUUAGGAGGGGCAGAACUUUUUCUACUCAUCAAAGCCAUUAAGCAACAAUAAAUAAAAAAUUUCAACCCAGACUUCCCACAUCUUUCCAGCUGCCGUUGUUAGUUUAACGGUAGACUUGACAAUCACUUUUAUUCGAGAUGCACUAGAGUCUCUUGUGAAACAAGUUGUCGACUUUUAGUCCAGUGGGUGGGGGGAAGUGAAAGCAGACCCUGGCCAUCUGGGCUUUUUGUAUUUAUUUAUUUAAUUUUAUAAGUUUCCCGUGAAAAGAUGCCUUGAGAUAAAUUUGCCUUUGCACAUUCCACCUGCAUCAGGAUCAUGUUAUGGACUGACUUUUAGGAAAAGUAAAAAAGUCUCAGCAAAUUUUUGUUUUUUUUAAAAAAAAAAAAAGAUAAUCUGCUGCAUCAAAAAGUAUCAUUUUAACCCAUGCAGACACUGAAUGAUUGGAUCUGUGAAAUAAAAAACUGGUAGGUUCUUAGUUCUUGAACACAAGUGGACCAUUAUCGUUUGAAUAAAUAGUCUGUUUAUGCAAGCUGCUCUUUUAAAAAAACAGCAGAUUUGUUAGAAAGAACCAAAUUGUUUUCUCCAGAAGUCACAGUUGUUCCUUUUGCACACUUCCCUCAAAAUUGGCAUAGUUUCCUUAACAUGUUGGAUACCAGGUAGAGUUGAUGUUAUUACUAUCUGUAUCAAUAAGAUACACGUCUUUUUACUGUAUCAAAGUUGUACAUUAGUUAUGAAAGACACCUACGCAUCAUGUGAUCAUACAGUCACAUACACACACACACGCACACACACACACACUUUAGUUGAAAUGGGGAAUACUAAAAGCAGGAAGGACUAUUAACAUUUUCAUAUUUCAUUUAUGUUGUGAAUUUGUGGAAGCUUCCACCACUCUUUGCACCUUACAGUGUUUUGUUAUUUAUUUUUUGUGAUUGAUUGAAAGCUUUGAUGUUAGAAGUACAUCUUUUUUUUCACCAUCCAGAAAUGUAUGGUUAUAUGUUAGUAAAAGUGUGUUGCCGUCUAUCCAGAAAGGUGCCACUGUAGUGAGGGCCAUACUCAAAGCAUGUUUUGGAAACAGUAACACACUUUAAGUACACUGGUCGGAUUUGUAAAGCAUUUGGAUAGUGGCUGAUAUAGAUUCAAACUUUAAACUCAUUGUAGCUAGUACCCCUUAUGUAUAAAAAAUUUUAAGGUUGCCACUGACUAUUAUAAAAUGACCACUGGAGGCUGUGGUGAUGCAGCUCCAGUACUUUUGGAUUAUGAAGAGGAAACAACUUAUUUCAAGUAAUAAGUACACCAGCAGUUAGUACCACUUAGUGGUGCAGUUAGUACCGCUAGCCAAAAAUUUCUUGUACCGCACAUAGAACACUAAAGGUGUUUUUUCUUCAUCUGAGGGAAAUUUGCGGCUCUAGGACUUGUCUGGUGACUUUUGUAUUUAACAAUUUUAUUUUUAAUUUUGUGAAUCAGAAUCUCUUAGGGAUAGUUAUUCUGUUUUGUGGUUGUGAGUCUCCAAACUUAAGCACUAUGAACAAACUGAAAUAUGUUUGUUGUUAAAGAAAUCUGAUUUGUGCAGGUAUUCUGGAUGCCUGUAUUAGCCAAAGAAGUAAGUUUUAUUCUUUUUUCUCCUGCUACGCUGAUAUUAGAUAAUGUUUUUUUUCAUCCAGUAGUUAUAAUUUAAAAUAACGGUCACAUGACCCCAAAAGCAGUCUGUGAUGGGACAGACUUUAAAAUGUCCAAUUUCCAUGCUCUGUUACUGCAUUCAUUUUAUUUUCCAGACCUCCUUUGCAGCCAGGCUGUGAAAAGGUCCGCUUGUUUCUCCCAGUUUGAAGUUCAAGCAUUAUGUAGUCCAAGUUGGAUGCACGACUCGCGUCAUUUCUCCAGCCUACUUAUGUACUGUUAUAUUUUUGUUUGAAGUUUUGAACUUUCAAUGCAAACCAGAUAAACCUACCAGUUUACUUUUAACCCAUCUGAAACAUUCAAUCAAUUUAAAAACCUUCUUUCCACUGUUUUGCAUCUCUACCCAGCAGGAAAUCCAGUUUUCAUCACUAAGCAACUUCAGCAAAACGAUUUGGAAUUCAGAGUCCCUCUUAAAAAGUAGCAUCAUGUUUGUAAUAGGAAGAAAAAUUUGUGAUACUUGUAAAGAGAACAAGCAUGUAUUUUGGAACUUAAUGAUAAAGACUUGACCAGAAGAAGAGACAAGAGAGCAUUCCAUUAAUGCGGGUACAGAAACAUUUAAGUAUACCAUUCAUGGUGUUUCUGUGUUCUUGUGGUCUGUCUGUCCAGCCAUCAGUCUGUCUACAUAUAAAAGUAUCUUGCUGACUAGGCAAGUGAUGCUGCUUAAAAAUGGGGAGGGAAGGAAAACAGCAGAAGCAAAAAGGGAGGCCUGUGGACUUCAGAAUUUCAGCCAAGAACUUCUUUCAUACAUCAAUUAGUCUGUACAGAUAAGCUGUAAUCAGUUAUGCAUAGCGACACUUUGCUGAGAAAGCCUGGAUCACUGCUAGCUUUGUAAGAUAGCCAGCCAUCUAUGUAUAAUGCACUGUCAGUCACAAAACAUUGAUUUUUUUUUCUUUUUCUUAAAGUGUGAAACUUGUCUUACAUGCGUAAGAUGUUCAUUGCAUUGUUAUAGUGCUGUAAGGAGAGGGUUUUUUCAUAAAAUGGAAAAAAAAAAGUUUUGAAUGUAGUUUUGAAAGGCCAAUGCUUUUAAAAGCUUUUAUAAAUUUACUUAUUUUCUUCUAUAAAUCUUUAUGCUGACCUGCAUGAGGUUGGUUGAUUUGCAGACUUCAGAGUAAUGAGCAUAUACAUGCAUACAUACAUGUAUCUGUGCGUGCAUGUAGCCAUUUCUUCACAACAAAUACACAAGAGUGUGUGGGUGUGUCGUAUGCCGUCACAUGUGAGUGUUUAUAGGGGUGUGUGUGUGUGUGUGUGUGUGUGUGUGUGUGUGUGUGUGUGUGUGUGUAUGUAUGUGUGCGUGUGUGUACACAUGCAUUUGUGUGUGUCUGUAUGCUCUUGCGUGUGUGUUUGUUGUGUUUGAACAGAACCAGUUAAGUCCCAUCAUUCAGACCUACCAAGAUAUGCACAUGAAAAUAAACAUUCAUUUUUCUACA